CCUUCAUAUCUAUGUCUAUAUAUAAUCUUCUCCCUCAAUCCCCUGGUUCACAACCAAAGGUCACUUAAUUAGCAACUAUAUCCGAACUAUGGCUAAUUAUAAGAUGACUUCUUCUUCUAAGUUUCUUCUUCUUGUGCUUAUCGGUGCUUUCGUUUUCUCUACUGGUGCAAGAAAGCUCGGCAGUGAAAAGGGUUCCUUUGAGGAUCAGAAAAACUUGUUUCACCGUGGUGGUGGUGGACUAGGCGGUGGAGGUGGUGGUGGUCUUGGAGGUGGAGGAGGUUUAGGAGGCGGUGCUGGUGCUGGUGCUGGAUUCGGUGGUGGUGCUGGAGCUGGAGCUGGUGGCGGACUUGGCGGAGGUGGUGGACUUGGUGGCGGUGGCGGUGGAGGAUUAGGCGGAGGUGGCGGUGGAGGAGUAGGUGGUGGAUCAGGUUUUGGUGGGGGAGCCGGUGGUGGGUUUGGAGCCGGUGGUGGUCUUGGGGGUGGAGCUGGAGGAGGUGGCGGAGGAGGAUUCGGUGGUGGUGGUGGAGGAGGACUUGGAGGAGGAGCUGGGGGAGGUUUCGGUGGAGGAGCUGGUGCUGGCGGUGGGCUUGGGGGUGGAUUGCCUUGAAGACGUACGUGUGCAUGAAUACUCUACGAUUCAUUUCUCCAUGCACUUCCAAAUCAAAUUAUAUAUCUAUCUUGAAUUAGUAAUUUAGUACGUACUUAUGUUAAGGACAGUCUUGUUGUUUUGUGUCAACUGUAAUGUGUACCAUCGUUGCUUUAGCAACCAAGUAUUUUAAUCGUGAUGACAAUGUUCGAACCCUAAUUUGUUGAAGACACAAAGCUGAUCUUCGUAUGAUUGUUAAUUACCCAAUUGUGCUAAUGUAUCCAUGCAUGUGUUACAGUGUUAUUAUAAGAAACUUUUAUCUGCA